AUGAUGGACCGUACACCUGAGAAGAAGAUGACCACCUACCUGCCGGGCAGCCCCACCUCAGAGACCCAGAAGCUGGCUCCGCCCACCGGACCAGGAUGCAGCUGGCUGGUGGUGGUGGCGGCGGUGGCGGCGUCGCUCAGCGGCCUGAUGUUGGGCUAUGAGAUGGGCCUGACCUCCGGCGUCCUGCUGCAGCUGCGAGGCGUCCUGUCGCUGUCCUGCCGGGAGCAGGAGCUGCUGGUCAGCUCCCACCUGCUCGGCGCUCUGCUCAUCUGCCUGGCCGGAGGUCCGAUCCUCGACCACUACGGCCGCCGCUGCUCUCUGCUGCUGAGCGCCGCCCUGGUGGUCGGAGGGACCUUGGUGCUCGUCGCCAUCACCUCGCUGGCUGCACUCACUGCAGGCCGGGUGAUUGUCGGCAUGGGAACCUCCCUGUCUGGGACGGCGGCAUGCCUCUACAUCGCAGAGAUCUCUCCGCGGGAGAGGCGGGGCCUGCUGGUGACGCUGUACGAGCUGAUGCUGGUGGUCGGCGUGAUGCUGGGCUUCGGCUGCAGCUACGCCUUCGCCGCGCUGCCUCGCGGCUGGGCCUACACCUUCGGGCUGGUCAUCCCACCGGCGCUGCUGCAGAUCGGUGCGCUGCUGUUCCUGCCGCCCAGCCCUCGCUUCCUGGUGGCUCAGGGGAAGGUGGAGCAGGCCAGGGCGGUGCUGGCCAGGAUGAGGGGCGGAGUCACGGAGCAGGUGGAGGUGGAGCUCAGGGACAUCCAGGGGGGGCUGAAGGAGGAGUCGGAGCACAGCUUCUGGGAGCUGUUCAGCAGCAAAGCCAACCUGCGGCUCCGCCUGCUGACGGGUGUAGCUCUGGUGUUCCUGCAGCAGGCGACCGGGCAGCCCAACAUCCUGUCCUACGCCUCGCCGCUCCUCCGCAGCGUCGGCUUCAACAGCGACGCCGCAGCCACGCUGGCCUCCACCGGCUUCGGGGUGGUCAAGGUGGUCUUCACCAUCCCCGCCGUGCUGCUGGUGGACCGGGUCGGACCAAAGAGCUUCCUGUGCGUUGGCGCCGUGGCGAUGGGGAUGUCUUUGGCUGCCCUCGGCACUCUGACGCUGCAGAGCCACACCCACCUGACCAGCCUCUGUAAAAGCCAGACUGAACUGAACCACACACACAUGUUGUGGGAUUUCAACAGAACCGCUCUGGACUGGGACGACAUGGACGUUCUUCCUAGUCACCUCCAGACUGAGUGGCGCGGCGAGGAGGCAGCAAGGACGGAGGACCAAUCAGGAGGAAGGACUCCUGUGGAGGUGUCCUCGUCACUGAAGUGGGCGUCUCUGAUCAGCCUGCUGCUGUAUGUGGCAGCCUUCUCCAUCAGCCUGGGGCCAAUGGUCUAUGUGGUCCUGAGCGAGAUCUUUCCGAUGGGGGUUCGAGGUCGAGCUGUCUCUGUGGUGUCGGCUGUGAACUGGGCCACCAACCUGCUCAUCUCCAUGACCUUCCUCACCAUCACAGAGAAGAUCGGCGUUCCCAACGUCAUGUUCCUGUACGCUGCCAUGAGCUUCGUCCUGCUGGUGUUCAUCAUCCUCUGCGUCCCGGAGACCAAAGGUCGAACUCUGGAGGAGAUCUCCAAAGAGCUGGCCAAGAAGAAGAACUUCCAGCUGAGGCUCUGCAGGAAGGUUCGGCCCAAAGAGAGUCUGAUGGACAGCGGGACCAAGACUCCAGCCGACGUCUGAGUCCUUCGGCUGCGCGGACUUUUUAACCAUCACAGUUAAACUACAGUGGCUCACGGCCUGCAGCUGCUCCGUCUGCGUUUGGGGAGUUGUUAGAUUCAGAAAACUCAGGGUCAACACCAGGAUCAGAUGAUCACACAACAAUAAGAGCGUAAAUGUGUAUGAGCUGCAACAUUAAAACCAGCUGCCAGGCUCCUCUCUGAUUGGUCAAGGCCUCUGAAGGGGUCUUGUGGUCCUCUCUGAUUGGUCCACAAUCCUGUCCUACUUUUCAGGUCUGUUGUCAGUUGUGUUGCGGGUUUUGGUGACUUUGCAUCUUUUGAGUCUCUUGUAGUUGUUCUUCAUCUCUUUACAGUUUGUUUGUGUUUGUUUUGUGUCUCUUUGUGGUUGUUCUUCACCUCUUUCGUUUCCUUUUGCGUCUCCUCGUGGUCCUUUUGUUCCGUUUUAACCACUACAUACAGGAAACACAACACAAAAUGUGCUGGAGAUGUUCUGAUCCGGUUUUCUGCCAUCACGGUUUGUUAAAGUCUCUCAGACCUUCACGCUGCACAUUUUACCUGCUUCAACACCUGCAGCCUCAUAUGUCCACCUACUGGUUUUAAUGUUGUGGCUCACUGGUGUUUAUACGUUUUUACAUCUUUUCUCGAGGCCCCUUGAAUGAACCCAAACAUCCUUCAGUCUUUAUCUUGUUUUUUUUUUUUUUGUCCUUGUUGAUGAAUAACUACAGUUUGCUGCCGUGACUCUCUGUAAAAAACCAAACUCUGAUCAGCACAAACUGCCGCUCGUUCAGCUCGCUCUGCUGGAGGUCAAACUCAUUCCUGAACGUUUCACAAUAAAAGCGCCUCCCCCUCCUCAGCUGCAGUCGACCGGCAGAGCCCAGACCAGUCGCACCAGUUCUGUUGCCACGAUGACGCAGAGUCGCUCAGGAAUGAGAGUUCUGGCACAAACACGACCUCUGCCGUGAUAAUCUAACAGUGUUGUGAGAAGUUUAAGUGUUUUUUUACUUGUCAGUGGUGCCAAAACUUACACAGUCAGAGGAAUGUUUUCAGUCAGUUAAAACUGCACUUUUUAAAUGUUUUUUAAAGCAGAAAUGUGUUUCCAGGGUUUGGAAGUAGAACCUGCUGCACUGAGAUCAGGUUCUAGCAGAACAACAGACAGUAAAGCACACUGUGGCCUUUUCAGCAGAACUUUAUUUUUAUACAAAAUACAAAAAUUCAAGUGUCACGAAGCUUCGGCUGACACCGGUUCAAAAAGUCGUCACAUCCUCUGUCAGGUUCUGUGGUUCUGUACGUACACGUCGUCAGUAGAACAUGUUUGUGUUUUAGACCAUCUGAGCUCCUUGCUGCUGGGAAAAAAAACUCACAACUGUGUCACGAAGCCUCCUGACGAGCUGCCCGACGAACCUGUGAGACGCUUUUCUAAUCGCUUCUUCAAUCCAUGUUUCUGCUGCGGUUCUUGGACUGUGUUUCAAAAAACUACUUCAUCCAAUAAAAAGCUCAUUUUAAAUGUUAA